GAUUUUCACCUCAGUUGCAUUUUGGUUUUGCUUCGCGGUAGUUCACCGCACCUUAUAAUGUUUCGCUUGGUGAUCUUUAUCCUGCUACUAAUAGCAUUCUUCUGUCGCCUAAGUUUUCAAAUAAAUCAACAAAGACAAAGACAGACUGUAAAGGCACGUCUAAUGUCCAACAUAAGCAUGUCGCUCUAUUGGUUGUUCCAAGGUUUCAUACCAUUUGAUAUAAUCAAAAACGAAAAGGAGUGGGAUGAAAUCAUAGGUGCUGAAGAGGUCGAAAUAUUCGCUUGGGAUUAAUAUUUAAAUUAAUGAUAAAUGAUUAAUAUAUUAACAGACUGCCCAAGUGAAACG